GCCUUGUCGAGGAGAGAGGUGGUAUUUGGCUGGCAGUGGUAGCCCCGCCCCCUCACCGCGAUUUGGGACACAGACUUAGAACAGUCAGUGGAGUUCCUACGCCUCCUAGUCAUCCCAGCAACCAGUGACGCGGCUCGCCUGAGGUCAACCACUGGCCAACUGGGGAAAGCGGGACUGCAGCGUGACCCCUUUUCCGAGCCGCCUCCCAGCUCCCCGUAUUCGGCGGCCGAGCGCUCCGCCAGUCCCUUCCUCCCUUCUCCUUAGUCCCGCAGUCUGGGAGGCAGGGGUCGGCGAGCCAACUGAGUGGGAACCGCGUGGUGUACAAGGAGCCAUUCGGCGACCGCCCUCAAGGUGGACUGGCGCCGUGGGAGAGGAGCUGAGGUCGGAAGAGUUUCGCCAAGCAACUCGUGACGACCACCGUUGACUGAAGCGCCCGGAAUUGGCUGCGCUGCGACCUUCUCAGAUUUCCUCCCCGGGCAAGUUCCAGCAUGGGGUGAAGUACAGAAGAGUGACUUGAAGGGUGUAUUCUGGUACUGAAUUACCAAACCUGCUCCCUAGAUCAGGGGUACAGAACAUCCUGCUUCAAAGGCAUGAGAAGAGAACAUCCUGUAUUGGCCACUCCUGCCCAAUGUGGAGGGGAGCAGAAGCUCCUGAGCCCACCCCUGAAGGGUUGCUUUCACCCAGGUCCAGAGUUGCUUUCUCAAGGUUAGGCCAGAGAACUUUGAAGCUGUGUACCAGUGUGGAGUGGUUGUUUAUCAGGCCUUCAGAAAACGGAAAAUAACACGCAGUUUGAGGAGGUGCACCCUGGCGUGGGAGUGGCACACAUCCCUGCCAGCCUGCAUUCCGGGGACUCCACCCCCCCACGCCCGGCCUGGCCCUCACCAUGUUAGCUGCAUCAGAGAUGGCGGCAGCAGCAGGAAGGCCUUACAUAUGCAGUGAGUGUGGCAAGAGCUUCCGCUACAGUUCGGUGCUGCUGCGUCAUGAGCGUGCUCAUGGCGGUGACAGCCGCUACCGCUGCCUAGACUGUGGUGAGUGCUAUGCCCUGGCUGCUGACCUCCGUGCGCACCGACGUGCCCAUGCUGGCCAAACACUCUACAUCUGCAGUGAGUGCGGCCAGAGCUUCCGCCACAGCGGCUACCUCGACCUGCACCAGAGUGUACAUAGACAGCGCAGCCGCUCCUGCUCUUGCCGUGCCUGCGGCCGCAGCUUCCCACACCUCCCGGCUCUGCUGCUGCACCGGCGCCGCCUGCAUCCCCCAGAGCGGCCCCGCCGCUGUCCGCUGUGUGCCCGCACCUUCCGACAGAGCGCGCUACGCUUCCACCAGGCGCGCGCACACCCGUGGGGGUCAUCCAUCACACCCACAGACCCAUUGCACCGCUGCGCACAAUGCCCACGGGCGUUCCGCAGCUACGCAGGGCUGCGGAGUCACGCGCGCGUCCACGUGGCCCGGAGCUCUGGAGACUCCACACCUCCACAGCCUCAUGCUCCGGGUGCACACCAGUGCAGUGUGUGUGGGAAGAACUUUGGUAAGAGCUCAACACUAACACGACACCUGCAGAUUCACUCAGGUGAGAAGCCCUUCAAGUGCCCCGAGUGUGGAAAGGGCUUCUUGGAGAGUGCCACGCUCGUGCGCCAUCAGCGCACACACACAGGUGAGAAGCCCUACAUGUGCGGGGACUGUGGGCGCCGGUUCAGCGAGAGUUCCACCCUUUUGCGCCAUAGGCGCAGCCACCAGGGAGAUCGGCCCCACGCAUGCACUACAUGUGGAAAGGGCUUUGGGCAGCGCUCUGACCUAGUGGUGCACCAGCGCAUACACACAGGCGAGAGGCCCUUCCCAUGUGCUGAGUGCGGCCGCCGCUUCAGCGACCGUUCUGACCUCACCAAGCACCGGCGCACACACACAGGCGAGAAACCCUACCACUGUGAGUUGUGUGGCAAAUGUUUCACGUGCGUAUCUAACCUCAACGUGCACCGGCGCAACCAUGCUGGUCACAAGCCCCACAAAUGCCCUGAGUGCGGCAAGGCCUUCAGCGUGGGGUCCAAACUGGCACUGCACCGCAAGACACACCUGGGCGAGCGGCCAGCAGAAUGUGCUGAGUGCGGCAAGUGUUUCAGCCACAGUCGCUCGCUCUCACAGCACCAGCGGGCCCACACACGAGCGCGUGCCGCCACCGCUGCCACCCAAGCAACCGCAGGAGCUGCCCUCAUCUUUGCAGGGCAGGCAGAACAGGAGAAACCGGACUUUUUGUGUCCCAGCUGAGGGAAACUUGCUGAGAAGCUUCUCUGGAAUGGGCUCAGCAAGUACCAAUAUACUGCCACAGGGAUGGUGGGGCAGCUCUGCAAAUGGGAGUCUAUAAAAACAGCAUGGCUGUCUGUCACCCCUUGUCAUGCCCCUACAUCCAUAUCCCUUGUCAGCUCUUCCUGUCCAUCCUUCCUGCUACCUCUGGGGUAUAGGUGCAGGGAACUGGGAAAACCUAGACAUGGAAGAAAGCCCAGGUAUUGGUGUGUUCCCAUUGCUGCUACUGUGCCCUCAAAUGUUUUCUUCCUGGUUUCCCACCUGUAUUGUCUUCUCUUGUCCCAUCCCCUUUUUCCAGCCUGAGUCUCCUGUAGCUCUCCUUCCUGGAUACUUUUGUUGUCCUGCCUCUUCAGGUAAUGAUCACAGGGUGGCCACAGGGACAACCCACCUGCCUUGCGGUCUUCUUGCCUCCUGGUUCCACUUGACAGCUUCUCUGCUGCUUUCUCCCUGGGCUCUGAGAGAUGGGAAAUUUUUAGGCAGAGAUGAUGAGAUUUCUCAUUUCUGUGAAAGGCAUCCUGCCAUAAGCAAUCAGCCUGCCGCCCAGCAGAGAAGGCCCACUCCAGUGAGGGUGGGCAGGAGCCCUCAGCAAAGCAUCCACCUGUCCCAUGGGCCAGACCUGAUGGUGUCCAGAUCAAGGUCCCUCUCAGGACACUGUUCUCUAGCUAGGUGGGCUACAUUAGCUUUGGGACCUAGACUUAGACCACAUGGAUAAAGCAGGAUACUGCCAAAUGAAACAUCAGAAUGUUAUAUCCAAAUCAAUCUUGGAGCCAUGGGGAAACAGCUCCACAGAGGCAGUAGUGCAGGGUAGAAAAUCUGGAGUUGUCCAGUGAUUUGCUUAUGGCUGUUGAAAUAAAGAGUUGUUUGUUUGGGUUCCAGA